CCUGGCAGAGGAAAACACAAAAACAAACCAAACAUGUUGCAUGAAAUAAACUUUCCAACAAGAUCUGAGAUGACAGGGAGAUCAUUAUGACUCUGAUCUUGCUUAUUAGUGGAUACCUACCUUUGCUACCUUGCUUCCCCGCCCAUCAUCCUUUCAGAUCCUGGUUCUAGCUCCGCCUCUCCUGGGCUGCCUAAGUAUUAUAAUAGGCUGGUCUGAAAGUGGUGUAGAGACACAGAGCCAACGGGGGGAGAGAGAGAGAGAUAAUGACUUGACAGUACUACUAAUAACAAUAAUAACUUGGCUGCUGCCACUGCUUCAGCAAGAAGUCAGCUCAGAAUCUCAAGACUGAAGAAACCAGGUCCCUUGACACAGGAGCACCAGCAACUACAGACAGAGAGGAGUAACUGCCCAUCCCUAGAGAUAAUGUAUUCCAUUUGAAUUGCUCUGUGGACAGUAACAUGAGGAACCUCUCCCGAAAAAGGGACAAGAUCAAACUUUGAGGGUCUGGAGAGAGGACCUGACUUUGCAGAACUACCCAUCCGAGACCGACUGACUUGGGGUUAGUUGGUUUUCUUCCCACCUGGAGCAACCAAAGUCAAGGUAGCGGGGAAGGACUCGGUGCCUCUCCCUAAGAGAAGGGGAUCACAGAGGGGUGGAAGAAAUAGAGAGACCUCCCUGCCCCCAAGUAACCUAGGCUCCAGGAGGCUAGGAGGAGGGCACCCUGUUCUCCAGGGACCUGUCCAAGUGGGAAGAGCCCUCCCCCACUUCCAACCAACCCCCCCUCCCCGCCCCUGGUCUUUGCUACUUGCCAAGGGUGAAGGGGGAGGCAACCCCCAGCCUGCGCUGCUCGCCAAGGAGGAAACCUUUGCCGCUCUCCAGGGGGAGAAACAAGAGCCCCCCCCCCACACACACACACACACUGUUCCCGACAGGGAAGGAGACCCCCAGUCAGCCAGCCACCUCCCCAGCCCAGCUCCGGGGGCUGCCCUAGAGCCGCCCCCCGCCCCAGCCUGGCGGCCAGGGGAGAAGAGGCCGGGGCCCGGUGAGGCAGCAGCUGCGCCAUGAAGCUGGAGGUCUUCGCCCCGCGCUACGAGGACAAGCUGGGCGGCAGCGACCAGGAGGGCAGCGGGGCCCCGUCCCCCGCGCCGGGCGACAGCGAGCUGGGCUCGGACGGGGACUGCGCCGCCCACAGCCCGGGCGGCCAGGGGGCGGCGGGCGCGGGGCCGGCGGGCGCGGAGGGCGGGAAAGGGAACAAGCCCUACACGCGGCGGCCCAAGCCGCCCUACUCCUACAUCGCGCUCAUCGCCAUGGCCAUCCGGGACUCGGCCGGCGGCCGCCUCACCCUGGCCGAGAUCAACGACUACCUGAUGGGCCGCUUCCCCUUCUUCCGCGGCGCCUACACGGGCUGGCGCAACUCGGUGCGGCACAACCUGUCGCUCAACGACUGCUUCCUCAAGGUGCUGCGCGACCCGGCCCGGCCCUGGGGCAAGGACAACUACUGGAUGCUCAACCCCAGCAGCGAGUACACCUUCGCCGACGGGGUCUUCCGCCGCCGCCGCAAGCGCCUCAGCCGCGCUCCGCCGCCGCCGCCGGCCGCCCGCCCGGCAGCCCCCGCCACCGCCGCCGCCGGCUGCUGCUGCUGCGGCUCCGCCGCCCCCUGCAGCUGCGGCGGGGGCGCCGCCGAGGAAGGGCGGGCGGGCGCUGCCGCCGCCGCCGCGGCCAGGCCGGGCUCCAAGUUCUCCAGCUCCUUCGCCAUCGAGAGCAUCCUGAGCCGGCCCUUCCAGCGCGCCCCCGCCCCGAGCCGGGCGCUCUGGGCCGCGCCGCCCGGCCCCCAGCUGCUGCCCGCCCCCUACCCGCUGGGCUCCUACCCGCCCCCGCCGGCCUCGCUCUACGCCGGUGGCGGCCUCCUGCCGCUCUACGCCUACGGGCCCCCGCCGCUGGAGCGCGGGAGGGAGGCGCUGGCGGCCAGCAGCGCCCGCCGCCCGCCGGAGCCUCCCCAGCUCCUCCCCUCCCCUUCCGAGGCGCUGCUCGGCGCCCCGCUCUAUGGCCCCCUCCGGCUGCCCGGCCCCUUGCACACGGCCCCGGGGCUCCCUGCCUCGUACUCGCCCUACCCCCUCGAGCGCCUCCUGACUUAA